CUAUCUUGGAUGUAAUGCAAUGUGUAUAAAAAAUUAUAGUACAAAAAUUUUUAUAAAAAUAAUAAUUUUAUAGAGAUUUAUAAUUUAAUUAUUUAAAAAGUGAUUAUUUAAUUAUAACUUGAUUACAAAAAAAGAAAGUAAUUAUUUAGUUGACUAUUUUUGUUUGCGUAAUAUUAAUUUUCUAUAUGUUGCUUAUAGAAAUUUCGGAACAUUUGUAACAAUAUCUCAGAAUGAUUUUAACCGCCUUAUUUAUAAGUAGAACAUUAUUUUACGAAAAAUUAUUUUCUUUGAAAAAAUUAAAAAAUUAAUCUAUUUAGUGUCUAACUUAAUAAAGGUGCCAUGUUGGGAGGGAAUACUAUGGUGGGUGUCUCUUGGACAUACCAUACGCAGUAGUCUACAGAGAAUAUAAAUAGGAGGGGUAGUUGCACCAUUGACCCAGUGUUGAGUUGACAUACGGUCAGUUCAGUCACUCGAACGGAAAUCAUUUUACGUCUUUCAAAUUUUAUAUGUGUAUGUAAAUUGUUAAUAACCGUAGUAAAAGUCCUUAUAAAAUCAACAAUCCAAUGCAAUCCAAAACACUGCCCUUUCUUACUUAUCUUCCAACUUUACAAUUUUACAUCCAAAUUAUCAGCAUGUAUUUAGUGUUUUAAGUAAUCUGCAAACAUUUUUCUAACAAAAAUUUAAUGGACAUUGGUGACACCCAUUAUUGAGUGAAUGUGAAUCUUGUGUUACGAUUUAAUUUAAAAGUAUCAGUAAUAUUGAUAAACCAAUGUGCAACGAUAAUCAGACCUUAAUAACGGUCAAUCUUAUUAAAGAAAGUAAACUUUUGAUGAUAUAAAUUUUAUAUAUUUGAUUAACAUUUGAUCGAAUAAUUGACGAAAAUACAAAAUUAAAUUAAAUUUCUUCGUGAGCAAUUUUCAGAUUGUUUUUUUAUUUAAAAAAAUAUGUCAGAAACAGCAGGAAUUUCGCAGGGAUUGGGAAAUCCUUAUAAAAUUGUUGAUCAUACUAGAGAAAAACGAAAGGGAAUCACUGCUUCUUCUUUAAAAGAAUUAAUUAGUAUUGCAAGAAAUCGUUUAUCUUUACCUUUAGAUGCAGAAGUAACAAUUGUUCUAGAACAAGAUGGAACUGAGGUAGAUGAUGAAGAAUAUUUUGCCACAUUAGAAAGAAAUACUAGUUUAAUGGUUUUAUAUGGAAAUCAGAAAUGGGUGGCAGCAGGAAGCAAUAAAGCUGCUUCUCGUUAUAUAGUUGUUGAUGAUGUAGACAAUAUAGAAUGUGGACAAAGAAGAGAUGAAGUUAGGAGACGUCGACCACCAAUAGAAGCAUUAGUCUCAUCAUUGCAUGGAGAUCCAUCACAUAUAUCAUUGCUUGAUGGACAUAAUUUAGAAUUGCUCAGUGAUAUGGAUCCAGAUAGUGUAGCUGAUAUAGUAUCUGGCAAUAUAAUCUUUUUAGAACAAUUAAAAGAGGCUUCUGGCAGAUUCUUGGCUGAAAAACGACAAGCUCAAGGAUCCUUGGAUGUUCUUCAGAUGUGUGCAAGUGGUGGAGAAAUAGAACGAGCGUAGGCCAUGUGGGGGGUGGGCGCCCUCACAUUGGCUAACAUGUAUCGUGUGCGACGUCGCAUAUUUUAUAAAGGUCGCCAACUACAACAAACUUUAAUCCUUUUCUGGAAUUGAGCCCAUCAUUAACAUUUAUAGCGUUUAUAAAGUUUAUUACGCUAUCUAUCACCAUCGUAUUACUCAUAACAAUUGAAUGUUUGCAUUCUUAAUGAAAAUCUUAAGAUUCUUAUGCAAAAAUUUAAAAGCAAUGAAAAAAAUAUAGGAACUAAUAAGUUCCUAAUUUUGACGAAUAGUCAAAAUUUAUUUCUGAAAUUUGCAAAUAUUUGCUAAAUAUGUGAACAUUUAAAUUUAUUAACAAGAAAGGAAUAUGUGGGAAAUCAAUACUUGAUAGUUUUAUGAUAUGAGUUAAUGUUAUAAUAAUGAAUAGUUUUAUAUUCCGUUAAUAGUAAUUGUUUUUUUUAUGUUAUUUUUUAUAGGAUUAUAGUAUAAAUAUACUUUUCUAGCAUUAUUUAUUUUGUAGAAUAUGACAUGAGGAAUUGCUUUAAUGCAAAAUGAAAUCUUAAAUACACAUGCAUAGUUAAAUAUAUGCAAUUUAGCCAUUAAAUAAUCUGAAUGUAUUACAUAAACAAAAGUUAUAUAGAAAUAUCAUGUCAAAGAACACAUUCCGUCACGAUGUUGUCAUAUCACUUAGCAAAAGGGACGACUCGUUUGAUUUAUGAAUUUUUGUAUGUAGAUAUAUUUAUAUCAAGAUUUAGUUAAACAAAGAUUGAUGAAAUGUUUAAGACUGAAUUUAUAGAGAAAGAAUGCAUCCUCAUUAUAAUCAUCAAUUCACUGUACACUAAAUUUAGCAUGAUAAUAGGAAAUAUCAAUAUCAGCUCUUUGAUACCAAAGUCAUGCAUUUGAUAAGAAAAAAUGCAAAAAAAAAAAAAGAAAAUAUA